AGCAGGCGGCGGUGCCGCCAAUUCCGCGGGCCUCGGAGCGGGGUUUUACCCACAGACUUCAAUUUCUUCACUGCCAAAAUGACAUCGUUUUCCACCUCUGCCCAGUGUUCAACAUCUGACAGUGCUUGUAGGAUCUCUUCAGGACAAAUCAAUCAGGUACGACCAAAACUGCCACUUUUGAAGAUUUUGCAGGCAGCAGGUGCACAAGGUGAAAUGUUCACUGUUAAAGAGGUCAUGCAUUAUCUAGGCCAGUAUAUAAUGGUGAAGCAACUUUAUGAUCAGCAGGAGCAGCAUAUGGUAUAUUGUGGUGGAGAUCUUUUGGGAGAGCUACUAGGACGUCAGAGCUUCUCCGUCAAAGACCCAAGCCCUCUGUACGAUAUGCUAAGAAAGAAUCUUGUCACUUUAGCCACUGCUACUACAGAUGCUGCUCAGACUCUCGCUCUCGCACAGGAUCACAGUAUGGAUAUUCCAAGUCAAGACCAACUGAAGCAAAGUGCUGAGGAAAGUUCCAAUCCCAGGAAAAGAACUGAAGAAGGCGAUAUUCCCACACUGUCUACCUCACAGCAUAAAUGCAAGAAUUCUAGAGCAGGUGAAGACUUGAUAGAAAAUUUAACCCAAGGUGAGACAACUAGGCUGGACCUUGGUUUUGAGGAGUGGGAUGUAGCUGGCCUGCCUUGGUGGUUUUUAGGAAACUUGAGAAACAACUAUACGCCUAGAAGUAAUGGCUCAACUGAUUUACAGACAAAUCAGGAUGUGGGUACUGCCAUUGUUUCAGAUACUACAGAUGACUUGUGGUUUUUGAAUGAGUCAGUAUCAGAGCAGUUAGGUGUUGGAAUAAAAGUUGAAUCUGCUGAUACUGAACAAACAAGUGAAGAAGUAGGGAAAGUGAGUGACAAAAAGGUGACUGAAGUGGAAAAAAAUGAAGACUUUGAGGACUCUAAGUCCUUAAGUGAUGAUACCGAUAUAGAAGUUACCUCUGAGGAUGAGUGGCAGUGUACUGAGUGCAAGAAAUUUAACUCUCCAAGCAAGAGGUACUGUUUUCGUUGCUGGGCCUUGAGGAAGGAUUGGUAUUCAGAUUGUUCUAAGUUAACGCAUUCUCUGUCCACAUCUGAUAUCACUGCUAUACCUGAAAAGAAGGAAAAUGAAGGAAUUGAUGUCCCUGAUUGCCGAAGAACCAUUUCUGCUCCAGUUGUUAGACCUAAAGAUGUGUGUAUAAAGGAAGAAAACUCCAAACUUUUUGAUCCUUGCAGCUCGGUGGAAUUUUUGGAUUUGGCUCACAAUUCUGAAAGCCAAGAGACCAUCUUAAGCACCGGAGAACAGUCAGAUAACCUUUCUGAACAGAGACCAGAUACAGAAAACAUGGAGGAUUGCCAGAAUCUCUUGAAGCCAUGUAGCUUAUGUGAGAAAAGACCAAGAGACGGGAACAUUAUUCAUGGGAGGACAGGCCAUCUUGUCACUUGUUUUCAUUGUGCAAGAAGACUAAAGAAGGCCGGGGCUUCAUGCCCUAUUUGCAAGAAGGAGAUUCAGUUGGUUAUUAAGGUUUUUAUAGCAUAGCUGAAUCAAUGAAUUACAGAGAAAUAUUAAGGGGGCCAGGUCAUGUAUCAGAAUAUCAGUAUUGAGUAUUUUUUUACUCAGUGUGACCCAUCGCAACUGUUCAUUUAUUCAUGUAAACAUCUGUGUUACAGGACAUUUCUGCUUCUAAACUUACAUGAAAUUUGAGAGCGAGUUAUUUUAAACUAACCUAAGUCACCAAGUCUAACCUAAGUCACUUGAUUCUCCCUCCAAAGAUGAGGAUCUGGAAGGGAACAACUACUCAGACAAACAUAAAAAUACAUUAAUUCCUUCACUUAUCAAAUUAUUUGAAGAUUAACCCUUUCUUUAGUUAAUUUUAUUAUCCUACCCUGCUGUUAGGAAUGUUUUUAGGCAUCAAGAUCCAAAGUAGCUAUUAGAAAAACAUUAGAGCUAACAACAGUGAAAACACAAAUAAUCUGAUUGGUCAAGUUAUGAAGUGCUGUGGAUCACUUUAUGUUGCAGUCAGGCUGCAUGGUUUAGAGAAAGUGAAAGAAAAAGUCUUGAAAAACAAAGAGAUUUCUUCCAUGCACAUUUUAAAAAUUGAACUAUGAUUAACAUGUAAUAAAGCGUUCCCUUCCAGUGAGUUGUAGAAAUCGAGUAACCAUCCCAAAAAAGGCUAUAUAACAUUUCUGUAACCCCAGAAUAUUUAUUCCCUCAUGCUCCUUUGGGGACUGCCUUCAGUCAUUCAUGGAUCUCACCCGAGAUUAGUUUUCCUUUUGCACAUCUUUAA